AAAGCCUGGUUUCCUUGUCUUGUGGGUCCUGCCUCAUGCCACUUCUGCCUCACGCGGAGUCUUCAUGGGCUCCCCUACACAGUGGCACAGGCCUGCCUCUCUCUUCUCUGGCCAAAGGGGGUACAGGGCUGAAGGGGAGGGGGCAGGAGGUAGGGGGAGUGCGGAAGCUCAGGAGCUGCUGGGUGGCGCAGGUGCAGGCACUGGGUGGUGUCUGUUCUUUCACUCAUCCUUCCCCUCCCCCUUCCUCCCCGGAAACCAGCGACUUUGCCAUCAGCAGUAUUGGGGAUGAUGAGCUAUGGGGGCCAGGCCCAGGGAGGGGUGGGAGUAAGGGGGGGCUGCUGCAGCUGUCAGGCCAUAAGCCAGGCUUACACCUAGACUCAGGGCAAGGUGCCUGCAGACUUGGUUCCCGAGACAGCAGUCAUGAGCAUAUGUAACAACUCCACGCUACCACUGGCAUACGGAAUUCCCUCCUUUUACGAGGCCUGGGGAUUGUGGGCCCUCUUAGGGGCUGUGACGCUGCUGCUUCUCAUCUCACUGGCUGUACACUUGUCCCGAUGGACUAGUGGCCGGAGCAGGAGCCAUCCAAGAGAGGGACAUUCUGGAGGGCCUGUGGAAGAGGUUCCCCUCUAUGGGAACUUACAUUAUCUGAAGACAGGACGGCUAUCUCAAGAACCAGGGCCGGACCAGCAAGCUCCAACACCGGGAGGCCCCACCAGGGCUGCAGGGGAGGCGAUGUGCUAUACCAGCCUGCAGCUGCGGCCUCCUCAGGGCCGGGCCCCGAGCCCUGGAACUCCCAUCAAGUACUCAGAGGUGGUGCUGGACUCUGAGACAAAGCCCCAGACCUCAGGCCCCGAGCCGGAGCUCUACGCCUCGGUGUGUGCCCAGACCCGCAGAGGCCGGGCUUCCUUCCCAGACCAGGCCUACGCCAACAGCCAGACUGCACCCAGCUGAGACGGAGGGCCGGCGCAGUGAGGCACGCAACUCUGCAGCCUCCUCUGUUGCAGGGGUAACUGCUGCCUUGUCCAGGGCACAACUAUUUCCC